AUGCCCGCCCCCACUUCAUCCAGCCUCCCCCCCUUCGACGCCGCCGUCGCGGCUCCUGUGUAUCUCACGCGUGACAUCCCAGGAAUCGGAGGCACGAUCAAAAUCCGUCCCGACGACUUCCUCGUCACCGAGCUCCCGCUCUACCAACCCGCAGGACACGGCGAGCACAUCUACAUGCUCAUCGAAAAACGAGGACUCUCCACACUCCAGCUCCGCGACAUUGUCGCGCGUCACUUCAAAGUCGGGAAGCGAUCCAUCGGACACGCCGGACUCAAGGACAAGCACGCAAUCACGCAGCAAGUCAUCUCCGUCCACACGCCUGGGAAAACCCCAGAAGAUUUCCCAUCGCUGCGCCACGACAAGCUAACCGUCCAGUGGGUCGAUCUGCACACCAACAAACUCAAACGCGGACACCUCGCCGGGAACCGCUUCUCGAUCCGCGUGCGUGAUGUCGAUCCAACCGCCGUGCUCCACGCGAACCGCGCCCUCCAACAACUCGCUCAGCAUGGCGUCCCCAACCGAUUCGGACCCCAGCGCUUCGGACUCAUCCAGAACAACCACGAGAUCGGACGCGCCCUGAUCCUCGGCGACCACCAACACGCGAUCGACCUCCUCCUCUCCCCACACCCCCUCGCGCCCAAAUCACAACACGACGCGCGCGAGUUGUACGCGGCAGGAAACUUUACCGCCGCCCGAGAAGCGCUCCCCAAAGUCUUCAACAUCGAGCGCCGAGUCCUCUCCCGCCUCGCCCAAGACGCCGACCCCCAAACCGCGAUCACGGCGAUCGACCAGACCGCGUUCGGCUUCUACAUCUCCGCAUUCCAAUCCGCGAUUUUCAAUCAGGUCCUCAACAACCGAGUCGCCGAUGGUACCCAUCACAAGCUGCUCCCCGGCGAUCAGGGAUUCCUGCUCAACUCCCGCCGAAUGUUCCACGUGGAACAAUCGGAUCUGGAAAAUUCGGAGACCGCCGCUCGCCUCGAAUCAGGCGAAAUCAGUCCCUCAGGCCCGAUGUGGGGCACCACGAUGCCGAGGGCAACUGGGGAAAUUGACGCGAUUGAACUCCAAGCCCUUGCAAACACGGGAGUAUCGACGAAAGAUUUGGAAUCGUGUGAGUCACGCGAUCACCCCCAGAUGAUCGGGGGGGAUCGCAGGCCGCUGAGGAUUCCGGUGAUCGAUCCGGAAGUCGAAGGCGGCGUCGACGAGCACGGCGCAUACAUCCGAUGCGCGUUCGAGCUCCCACGAGGAUCGUUCGCGACGACGGUGAUGGACGAAAUCAUGAAAGAGAAUGAAAUGAGCGAUGACAUCCGGCAUAUCUGUUUCGACUGGGGCGGGGUCAUACUCAAAAUUUGUCGUACUUGGGAAGAAGGCUGCGCGAAUGCGGGCAUCGAGAAGAAGACCAAGAAAGCCGGGACGGCGUGCUACAAGAAGAUGCGCGCGAUCGAGCCGCGUUACCAGACAGGACAGAUGAGCGACAAGGCGUUCUUCCGCUCGAUCUCCAAAGCGUGCGAUGAGGCGUACUCGAUCGACGAUGUUGCCGCGGUCCAUCAUGCGUGGUUGCUCGACGAGUACGAGGGCGUGGGUGAGCUGAUCGACGAGCUCAACGAGUACGCGGAUCUGACGACUGGAUUGUUCUCCAACACGAACUCGCUCCACUGGGAUCGGAUGGAAGAGGAAUCUCCCAGCGCAUUCAUCAUCGAGCACAAGCACGGCAGUCACUUGUUCGGACUCGCGAAGCCGGAUGAAAAAGCGUUCGCGGCCUACGAGCGCCGCGUCAAUGCAGCGGGAUCGCAGAUCCUGUUCUUCGACGAUUCUCCUGAGAAUGUCGCGGGUGCUCGCGCCUUCGGAUGGAACGCGGAGCAGGUCGAUUUCAAGAAGUGCACAGCGACCCAGGUUCGCGCGCAUCUUGAACGACUGAUGAUCCUCGAGCCGGCGUGA